AUGUCCGGAGACAACACGAGAGCAUUGCACUAUAGACCUGCCCGCUGUAACAAGUCGCGAAGACCGCCGCUUUCACCAAACCAAUCUCAAGGACGAUUUACUUCUUGCUCUUUUUCGCUCAGACGUAGGCUCUACGCAAGGAAUUCAGAAGCCUCCUUAGUGGCUGUGACACUCUACUCGCAAGAUGUUUGGGAGAACGUUGCCCUUUUUCGUAUUUUCCACGCCUCUCAGGUCAGCCCCUGGUGCCCAUCGCACGGUGUCACCUGUAGUCGACCCCCGACUGACUUGUGUCGUACGUGCCCGAUUGGCACCUACCCUUGGGUUGCGCGCAAUACAAUCCUCGCAGAGAGAAACAGGGGCCUGACAAUUCGCAUCGGUAGAAGCGUUUUACUUGCGUGUUGCAGACGGGACGAUUUGCAACUGAUUUUGCGCGUAGCCAAAUCAAAGGAGCGUGACACCGCCAUCGAUUACGAAGCCACGCACGCUGGUCCAAGCAUCAUCUCGAUCCCUGCCAUUGUGGUCAGUAGGCAGAAGAUGCUAAGAACAUCCUUUGAGUCUGAUGAUCACGAAUACUUUGCCGCGGAAGCGUGGGUCACGCUUUUUGAACGUACGCGUUCUUUUCUAUUCAGUUUCAGGCGCCUUCACGAAGCUGUAGCCAGCUCUCACUGGCAAGAAGUGCGAUAG